AUGUUUGUUUUACAGAUUCAUAGUGUAACUUUUUAUAAUCCAUCUACACAAACUAAACCUAGAAAUGUAUUCUUAGAUAUAUCAAAUGAAAAUCAACCUUCAAGACGAUAUUUUGUAGGUAGAUUCUCAACAUCUAGUACAAAAUCAUGUGAAUCUAUUGUUCAUGUUUCGAAAACACCUAUUACAGUUCACCUUUCUUAUGGUCCGUUGAUGUAUCAUGAUUUAGGUCCACAAACCAUAUACGAUUUCCUCUAUGAAGAUAUAAGUCAUUUAGGUCAAAAAAAGUUUUUAACAUUUGGAAGAAGAGGACCAUUAUAUCAUGUUUGUUAUUCAAUAUCACCUGUAAAAUAUUCAUAUGGAUUUGCAUUGUCGAAAAUAAGUUGUCUUAAACAAAUCACCUCUGGGAAAGAUGAGUUAUAUGCAGAAGUAGAAUUCAACAAUUCACCUCAGAGUAUUGGCUCUGGUCCAACAAAUAAAUAUCAUUUAGGUUCAUUCGUAUCACAUGAUAUGACUGAAAUUCAUUCUGUACAUAAUCUAACAUUUUCAACUUUGGUUAAUUUCGUUAUUACAUUCUAUGUAAAGACCAAGUUUGCAGAAUAUAUUCUUGGAACUUUAAAAUUUACACCUGCACAUGAACUGAAUGCGCCAUCCGAUCAAUCGGUAUUAAAGCGAAAGCAUUCGAUCGCUUCCAAUAGUAAUACUACUGGAAGUAGUAAUAGUUUGUUUCACAGAGGAGGAUCGUUGUCGUCGUCUUCAACACAACAUAAUCAACCACCACCAUCUCCACAACUGAACCAAUCUAAUCCACCUUCUAUGUCGGUGGGACAACAUACACCAUCUGAUAGUGGUGUGAUCGAUGAUCGUAUGACUGGUCUAACGGCAAUCUUGAAUCAACCAUCGGAAAUACCGAAACAAGACUACAGUGGUAGACCUGUCAGUCAAAACGAAGAGGUAAUUCCAUCGCCUCUGAAUCAAGCUGCCUCUGAUAAGAAGAUCAACAGAGAGAAGGGUGGAUUGUUAUUCUAUAGAGCGACUUCCGAUGAUAAAGUACAUACUUUUCUACAGGAUGAUUAUUCAACGACCAAACGAAUUACUUUGUCUUCACCAGAGGGUAACGGUUCAUAUGAAUUUGUAUUCUCUUUGAACAAGACCGAUUUUAUGUUGACAAGUCAAGCGCAUAACCAGUCGGAUGGCGAUGAUAUCGAUUCGAGCAACAACCGGACAGAGAAACAUCCGACAAUGAGACACAGCGCACCAAGUCUAUCAGAGAAACGAAGUGAACAUCUGCACCAUCAUCAUCAUCACACUGGUCUGAACACCAGUGAAGAAGCACCAACAGAGAUAUCGAAUAACACCUUCAGUUUGAUAACAGAGAACAACGAAGUAGAGGUACUUAUCGAUGGACUUCAAACGUUUAGAAGGUAUUUCGAAUCAAUGAUGAACGCAGAGCAUAGUAUCAGUAUAUUGGCAUGGGAGUUAUCAUUCUCAUUCGGUCUUGUUCUCACCAAGAAUGUAAAGUCUGGCUUGCCAUCACUCGCAAGCGAUCAAGCCAAGUGGAUUACCCUCGAGGAUGUACUACUCUCAAAAGCAAUGAGUGGUGUCAAUGUCAGAAUCAUUGUAUGGAGACACGAGUUACUUUCGCAUCUCACUCGUUUCCUCUAUCUAGGAGAGGUCACCAUUGAGCGUGAAGUAGCAAAGCUCGAAAGACGUUGCAAAAAGCUGAGUAUUCCUUGCAAGGUCUUCAAUACUACAACCGAUGACAUGUCGUCCAUCGAUCAAUCGUACAUCGAUGAGUAUUCAACCAAUGUAGAUGGUGGUAUAACCAUUGUGAUCGCUGGUAAUCCUCAGGGUAUUCUAUCUUCGCAUCACGAGAAGCUGGUGUUGGUAGAUGCCGAAUGUCCAGACCAUUGUAUUGCUUUUACAGGAGGAUUCGACAUUGCACGUGGUCGAUACGAUCAGCCACUGCAUCAAAUUCCUCGUCCCUAUCUCUUGAAUACACUGUUGAACUCGCCAACCACCGAGCAACAAAAGCGACAGCAAUCUACCAAACCACCUCGUUACAGCGGUAGCAAUAUCCAACCGGUUCUUCGACAGAUUCGUUUCCUCUGGCACGAUAUUCAAAUAUCACUGCGUGGUGACAGCGCUCAAUAUCUAAAGCUACAUUUCAAUCAGCGAUGGAUACAUGCAUUUACACAAAACGUUCUACUGACACGUUCAAAGACCAUACCAAAGGAUAUCAUUCUAAAACCCUGUACAAAAGUUCACCAACCACUAUCGAGCAUCGUUGUCGAACACAACGAUCCAGCACCUCUCUACAAGCAAUGCGCAGUCAGACUCUUUAGAACUUGGAAAGGUGUUUUAGAUAAUAACUUGUUGUUUGACGACUAUGGAAAGAUGAUCCUAAACGCAAAGGAGUUCCUCUAUGUCGAACAUCAAUAUCCAUUCCAAAACUUUACACUGACCUACUAUAUGUGUGAAGCAUUAAAGGCCAAUCCUAAACUACAUAUAUUAAUUGUCACCCCUGUUAAAACCGAUCUACCAAGUGGUUUAGUAGGUGAACUAUUUGAUUGGUCACAAGAUCAUAUUAUAAGACAUUUACAUUUAAUUUAUAGUGUUGCACCAGAUAGAGUUGGAAUUUAUGGUUUAGUAAGACAAGAUGAAGAAUCAAAUAGAUUAAAACCAAUAUACAUUCAUUCGAAAUUAAUUUUGGUAGAUGAUCAACUGUUUAAUGUUGGAAGUACUAAUAUGGAUAACAUGAGUUUCUUCCACUCUAGUGAAUUGACAGCAUCUAUUGUCGAUCCGAAACUGGCAAGAGAAACAAGAGUUAGACUAGCAAAGGAACACCUUGGAGAUCACUAUACAAAUGCAAUUGAAAACAGCUUUUUAGAAAUGUUUAACGCUUUCAAAAAGAUAUCAGAUUUGAACUACGAGAGAUUGCGAUACAAACGUUUGAUGAUAGGUAGACCAGUUGCAUUGGCCCCAAUCGACAAAUACGAGUUUUUGCUAAAGAAGAUUUAUUAUCCAAACAAGUUUGCCAAGAUACUUUAUAAGCUUGGUGUGGAUACUGAUGAGUGGAUUGGAAAAGUUGUGAACCCUUCAAUAUGGUUACAAAAGUUUAAACCUAAACUCUAA